AUGUUUAUGCAUCACCUCAGGGAAGGUGUUGGCCACAAAGGAACAAUCUUACUCGACAAUCACCCUUCAGAUAGUUCUAUUCAGGCAAAUGACAAUGAAGAGCAGCAAGACAUUAGCAAUGUUGAUUCUCGAGGAAAUGCAGUGAUUCUGCCACCAGUGGCCAGUGAUCUUAAAGAUGAUAUUCAAGAUGAGAAACUGAAUUUUGGCUAUGGUGCAGCCAAUGUAGUUGAUGAAGAUGGCAGUCCAGAUUCAGAGGAGGAUGAGGAGGAGAAUAUGGAGAAAGCUGAAGCUGGUGACCUCAGCCCUGAGGAUGAUGAGAAUGACUACAGAGAUGAUGAUGAGCCGAUUGAUGGGCUUGCUUGA